CAAACCCGCCGUACCCGUGCGCUGCCUUCUAUCUCGUGUUUAAAUGUAUUUUGUACCGUUGAAAAGCAACUCAGAGUGACUUAGGAGCAGGACAUUUUAAAGGUAGCGGAAGUUUUUAUUUGUUUCGCCGCUUUGGGCUACGGGUGCCGCUGCGGGUCAACCUAAGCGAAGCGCGGUGUGUGGGGAGCGACCCUCCGCCCCGAGCCUGAAGUACGGAGCACAACGGACCGCGAGCGAGGCCACGGCACCUCGCUAGAAAGACAUCUCACACACGGCGUAAGCACCGGGGAGAGGCAGUCAGCUGAGAGGGACAUUUCAUGGGAGGACACUCGCAGCAGAAAGAACUAAUUGUCUCCAGCUACUGGUUUUGACCUCACCGGAGUGUGUCUCACCGACGGUAACAACAUGCGUUCCAGCGUGGAUGGACCCGUCAUCCCCCUUGGCCCAGAAGGCACGGGCAGCAGCAGCAGCAACAACAACAACAACAACAACAACAGCCACAACAGCAGCUAUGAAAACAGUGGAAACUCUGGAUCCCAGUAUGCACUGUGUGCUCUGGGGGUCGGACUGGUGGCCCUCGGCAUCGUGAUGAUCGUGUGGAGCGUGGUACCGUCAGAAGUCGCCGGGAACAACAGCAGCAACAACAACAAUAGCAGCAGCGGUGGCGGUGCUUCCGGAGGAGGCGGUAGUACAAGUGGGAGGAAACAUAAAGCGUCUUCCGUGGCCUUUGUCCUGGUGGGGUCCGGGGUCGCCAUGCUGCUGCUGUCUUUGUGUCUGGGAAUGAGGAACAAACAGCGGGAGCAGCAGAGGCUUCAGGAGGCGCAGACCCGCGGAGGAGCAGCGACGAGGGAGCAGGAGGAAAGACAGACUGCCGAGGAACAAGCCCAACGUUACGCCGUACCCAGCUAUGAAGAGGCAGUAUGCAGCGGCCAGUACCCCAUCAGUCAGAGCAACCUGCGCCCCAGCAGCUCCCAGCUCCCGUCCUACGACGACCUCGUCCAAGUGGACAGCGUGCAGUAUGAGUUUGAGGGGUCGGAGGUCACAACGACCGGAUCACCGCCUGCUCCGGCUCCGGCGGCGGCCAGCGCUGCGGCUGCUUCCGCGUCGAACCGCAGAGCCGGGAAAACAAGCCGCAAGCUCCUCCCUAUCAAGAUCCGCAGGAUUAAAUCGGAGAAGCUGCACAUGAAAAACAUUGACAACUCUCAGCCAGCUACUGGAUUCAGUGUGGAGCCACUCACCCCACCCCCGCAGUAUGAAGACAAAGUGCCUCCGAUCUAAGAUCAAACCCAUCCGGUUCAAAACUAUCUGCUGAAAUCCCUGGAAUCCUGCACCAUCACCUUUUUGUGGAUCGGGAUCUGUGUUUUUUUUGUGUGUGUUUUUAAACCGAGACUUGGAUGUCACUCCUUGCAAAAAUCCUGGGGUGCAUUUUAAAAGAAUAAAGUACAGCAGUCUUUCUCAAACAUAAUUGACUGCCACAUCACUCCGAAGCCUUGAGCAGACAAAUCGUCAUUGUUUUUCAAAAUGUUGGAUCUCUGAAACAGAUGAGGGGGUCCGACUUUCUACCGUCACCGGUAGAUGUCUACUGAUGACCAAGAUAAAACAGCUUUGUUAGCAUUUAUCAUCUCUAGCUCCAAUGACUCUUGGCCACUCUACCAGAAACCCAUUGGAAAUAGUAGUAGAAUGCCAACAAAAUAGAGCUUGUGUUAUCUUACUUUGAAUAGCAAGGCACUCAAAAAUCCAUUUUCAGGAUUCUCCACAGAAAGACCAACAUGGACUUGAGGCUCGUUUAGAAAGUGGAUGGAUUUCAGCUGUUCUGGUCCAAAAUCCCGUAAUGGCUGAAGACGCCAUGACAUGGUAACAUUACUUGCCUACAGCUGUAUUGAGAAACUGACCUAUAAGUGCACAAAGACACUUGUGAGAGGCCUUCUCUUAUGGAUUUGUCAUGGAUGACGAGCGGCUUACUGCAGAAUGAGAUUAGCAUCCCACUGGAGUCGUGUUUCCAGCCAGCCGGUCAAUGAAAGUCCACACUUUGAAACCCAGCAGCUUCUUAAGCUCACUAUUGACCUGUUUACUUUGCCUACGGGCCGAGUGUUGCUAGACAGACUUGAGCGUACGGUCACAUGUUGCAAAAAGAAGAAGGAGCUUCAGGGCUCUACAUUCAGAAGUGUGAACCGGUUGGAUGUCAGCUGGGGAGCGAAAAGGCGGGAAGGCUCUCUGAUGGGUUCAAAACUCACUGGUGCGGCGCCAAUGGUCACCAUUAGGUUACCUUUUUAGAGAAAUCCAUUUCUCAGAAGUUGACAAUGUAAUUUCAUGGAAUGUUUAAAGAGUUGCUAAUGCCAACUGACCGCAGCGAACUGAGUUUGCCCUGCAGCGGUACACACUGAACAGCCUCUGUGUUCACAGCCGCGCGGCAUGGUGGGACUGAACCUGAGCUCCUGCGUCCUGCUUUUACUCCUGUGGGUGGUGAGGGAAGCACGCGAGAGCCCAGCGGAGGAGGCGGGCCUGGUGAACAGUUAAAAGUCCCAAAGACAACCGAAAAGCAGCAGUGUUUCCUCCGCUUCUCCCCCCCCGAGCCCUCAGUCCAGACGAGCCACAGAAAGACGCUACGACGCUGGCCCGAGGCUCUAUCUCAGCUCGGAAAGUAUGAGGAAAGAGCCGAGAACAAAGCCAGCUGUUCAGGGAACUGGUUUGAGCUCUAGCACCAUGCACGCUUUAAUCAUGUGAACAGCUGAAGCACAACUCAUUUUGUUUUGCGCCGCUUUUCCAUGAGUGACGUCAUCGGCCGGUUCUCCACCAUCGUUGUGGGGUUCAUGUAAAGGGAGCCUUUUUAUUGACAUGUUUUCCGUUCAGCAGCAAGCAACAGGGUUCAUGAGUCGCUUCAGGUGUGUCAUUGAAAUCCAACAUUUCAUGUCUCUAUUCCUCUGACUUUGUUUUCAAAGUGGCAAGCCGCCACAUGUUGUAUUCAUUCUUUAUUGUGUCUGUCAUGCUCAGUAAUACAAGCAAUGUACCUCAUUUGCAAAGGACCAGUUGACUACAGGAUGGAUUUUAUUGUUUUGUAGUCAAAAUGUUUUACGUUGAUGAAAUUACGCGGCCACUUUGUUUUACUUAGUGUCCAAAAACAUUCUGUUUGUUCAUUUAUUGAUUUUUUUUUAUUACGCAAGUCUGUAUUUCUUCUACUGUGAAAAUUUCCUAUUCUAUUAUUAUUUUGUUUGUUUGUUGUCUCAUGAAUAUUUAUAAGAAAUUAAAGCAAGUUUUUUAACUAACCCAGUACUUAAGAGCUAUCAUUACUGAAAAGCUGUGUGUAUUAUAAUAUUGACCCGUGUAAGAACUCCCCGAAUGUCCACAUCUUCACAUUUUGGUACCGUUCAGCCAGGUUUAUUGAUUGGUUUAUUGAAAAGCUGACAAACAUCUGGAUGCCGUACAUCUGCAUGGUUUAAUUAACACCAACGACUACGCUGGUACACGGCGCAAACAAGUUUUACUGGGCUCUAAAACAUGAGGAAGAAAGAGAACACGUUCCUCAAA